AAUGUUAUGAUUCCUUUGAAUAGAAUAUUUGUCCAACAAAAUUUCACAAAUAAUUGUUUAUCCAACUUAAGAUACAUUUAUCUCUAGCAUUGUAGUUGAUGUAAUAUGGGAAUAGAUUUAAUGUCACAAUUUUAAAAUAAGACCAUUUUUGGUUUUUGCCUUCCUUUCAUUUCAGCAGGAAACUUUCAAUAGUCAAAAUGGGUCAUGGGAAUUUCAGUGUCAUCAGUGAGCUGAUCCUUGUAGGAUUUUCCAAUUACCCCCAGACUGAAAUUCCACUCUUUUUUCUAUUCUCUCUGGUCUACUUGGCAAGUCUCUUUGGAAACACAACUGUCAUCACUUUAGUCAUUCUAUAUUUCUCUCUCCAGACACCCAUGUACAUCUUCCUCUGUCAUCUGGCCUUUCUCCAUAUCAACAUAUUUUUUAGCACAUUUGUGGUCCCCAAGAUGCUUUUUAAUUUUCUCGCAAGCAGGAAAGUUAUAUCUUACAACUUCUGUAUUGCUCAGACCUACAUCACCUUAUUCCUGGAGUCAACUGAGUGCUUUCUCCUUGCAGUAAUGGCUUUGGAUCGCUAUGUGGCCAUUUGUUACCCACUGAGAUAUCUGCUCAUCAUGAACUGGUCUGUGUGUGUGGCAUUAGCUCUGGGGGCCUGGACCAUUGACUUUUUUGCCUCAGUGGUGCCUCUCUACCUCACAAUUCUUCCACUCUGUGGUCCAUAUGUUGUUGACUAUAUUUUCUGUGAAUUGCCCAUUCUUCUUCAUAUGUUCUGUGCUGAUACAUCCCUGCUGGAGACCAUAAUGGCCACAGGAGGGGCUGGAACAGUGUUAUUCCCCUUACUCUUCAUUAUACUCUCUUACCUUCGCAUCCUGGUGGCUGUGAUGACAAUAGACUCUAUUAAGGGCAGAAAAAAAGCCUUUUCCACAUGUAUUUCCCACCUGAUUGCUGUGAUCAUGUAUUAUGGAACAGGAAUGAUCCGGUACUUAAGACCCAAGUCCCUCUAUUCAGCAGAGGGAGACAAACUCAUUUCUGUGUUCUAUGCAGUCAUCAACCCUAUGCUGAAUCCUUUCAUUUACAGCCUAAGGAACAAGGAAAUGAAGGAGGGUAUGAAAAAAGUUAUGGGCAAAUACAAAAUUAAAACAAAACAACAAAUCACAGACUAG